AUGCUGCUCACCCUCAAGACCUCCUCUCGCAACGGCGCCCUGGCUCUAGACGAGUGCACGCGCACAAAGCCAGCAUACGCAUACCAGAAGCACCCUCACCCGUCUCCCUCACCGUCGCCGUCGCCGUCACCGUCACCGCUGUCAUCAGCUCCAGCUCGCCGUCCGAUGGACUCGCACCGGAGCCUGCCUCCUCCAGUCGCCAUGGGCCUUACAGUCACAGAUAUGACAUCCACAGCCUCUCAUGGCAGCUCCAGCGGCUCUAACGGCGGAGCUAGCAGCAUGCCUCUGCCUCCUCCUCCUCCAACGCACUCACAGCAUGUUUCUGGUGGUAACCACAACCGUGACGGAUGGAGUCGAGACGGCCAGGACGACGCAAUGCGCCAAUGGCUACAGGCAAAGGUCGAAGAGGAUAAGCGCAAACAGGAAGAGGAACGCACCCGGCAAGAAGCUCUCAAGCUUGAUCAGCGCAAGAUCGAGCAGAAGAUGCUGCAGGAUACGCUCAGCUCCAACGUUCCGCCGCAUAUGGUACCUCUAGUGUUUAUAGGACUAGCCGGGCCUCAGGCUCAAUGGGCUCAGCAAUAUAUUCUACAGACGACUCAGAAUAAUGGAUACAACCCAAACCCAAACUCAUACCCGCCCCAGCAGCAAAGGCACGAACAGUAUACCCAGCAGUACAGGCCACCGGCACCGGCACCGGCACCACCGCCUCCUCCUCCUCAUCCUGCUGCAGCAUUCCAGCAACCACCGCUGCCACCACAGCAGCAGCAGCAGCAGCUAAACCACGUUUCCCAGUUCCCCGACGCGCACACGCAGUCAUCCCACUCACACUCGCAUCCAUCUUCCUCUCAGCUCGUUUCGGCAAAACAAGACGCUACGGCUGCUCAUCAAGUGCAACAGACCUCCCCUUCUAUCUCCUUUCACCAUUGGGUUCCUCCACAAUCUCAACCAACUACCCCUGCGGGUAAAAGCCCCAACAGCUCUCCACACUCUGGCCACCCAGCCUCAGCCUCCUCCCAGACCCACCAUCUCCGAAACGAAUACCAGCAGUCGCCUAAGAAGCGCAAAGCGCAAGGCCCCCACGCUCCCAUUCCACCUCCCCCAUCACACCUUUCUGAGGUUGCUACUACGGACGAUACUACUUCUCAGGCUGGCCGUAACCCUCGCAACCGCUCACAUUCUGGAGCAGGCGCGGAAAGGCGCCGACAAAGCAGUUCGGCCAUUCAAUCUCGCUCGGCUGGGGAGUACACAUUCAAGAUCAACACCCGGAAUAAUAGCACUUCGCAUAUCAAUCCCAGCCCUAGCUCAAAACAACAGCUGCAGGGGAGUCAAACCCAGGCCAUGGCCCAGACACAAAUGCAAGUAUCUUCCCUAGUACGCCCAUCGGAUCCGACCCAGACUCCAACUACUAGCCGCUCUCAUUCUCCCUCGCGUGACGUCUCGCCGUCGUCCCGCGAUACUCGAGAUACUACGCGAGAGAGAGAACCCCCCACCGUGAAUGAAUCAGACAAUCCUGCUUCUAGAGGAGCCAUCGCCUCCACAAACUCUGGUAGUAGUGGAGAAAGCACAGUGUCAUACCACACUGCAUCAAAUUCACUAACCCCUAAUGAGACAAACGGCCCGGUUCCCAAUGGCGAUUCCCUCCGCAAUUGA